AUGGGUCCCGCGCCUAGGACAGCAACCACUACAUACAGUAGUGCCAAGGACCUUUUGGAAGACAUUGGAGAAAGUGUGCAGAAAGAAGCAAAAAAGCAAGCUCUUGGACGUAGUGAGAGUGUUUUGCAUGGCUUGUUGUCAAAUGCAACAAUUAAAGGUGUGAAAAACAAAGCCACAAAACCAAUCCAACUUGAAUAUGAAUAUCACACUAACGUUACCGGUGGUUUUGAUAAAAAUAAUCCUUGCGCAAAUAGGUUGGACGUCCGAUUUUCCGAUAUAUAUGGAGGUCAAUGUACUGAUAAUAAAAUAAAUGGAAAUGAUGAUGAAACUGGUGGAACGUGUGCUCCAUUAAGGAGGUUAUUUCUAUGUGAUCAGCAUUUGUCGCACAUGAAGGAAGGUAAUAUUAAUAACACAGAUAAUUUAUUAUUAGAGGUGUCUCUUGCAGCAAAAUAUGAAGGAGAUUCAAUAAUUAAUAACUAUCCUGAUAACCGUGACAAAAAAGAAGGAAUUUGUACAGCAUUGGCACGAAGUUUUGCUGAUAUAGGUGACAUUAUCAGAGGAAAAGAUCUGUUUCUUGGUUAUACCAAAAAAGAUGAAAAAGAAAAAGAAAAAGUACAGAAAAAUUUAAAAAGAAUAUUCAAUGAAAUAUAUAAAAAAAUGCAAGAUCCUGCAAAAUCUCAUUAUAGUGGUGAUUCUUCAGAUUUUUAUAAACUAAGAGAAGAUUGGUGGGCACUUAAUAGAAAAGAGGUAUGGAAAGCUAUCACAUGUAAAGCAAAAAAUGAUGCUGAAUAUUUUAGAAAAAAAGAUUCUGAUGGAAAACAUUGCUCUGUUCAAAAUUGCAAAUGCGUUGAUGGAGAUCCUCCUACAAAUCUAGACUACGUUCCUCAACAUUUACGUUGGUUUGAUGAAUGGAGCGAAGAAUUUUGUAGAAAAAGAAAAGAUCAAUUAAAAAUUUCUUUAGAGAAAUGUCGUGGAAAAAAUAAAGAUAAAUAUUGUAGUCUUAAUGGAUGCAACUGUAAAACAACUGUUAGAGGAAAAAAAAAAUUCGAUUAUCAACAAGAAUGUAAUGACUGUUUGGUUGCAUGUGAUCCUUUCGUACAUUGGAUAGAUAACGAAAAACUAGAAUUUUUAAAACAAAAAAAAAAAUAUAAAAAUGAAAUAAAAGAAAGAGAACCUACAAAAAAAACAUCACAUGGAACUAUCAAUAAUAUGUAUGCCAAAGAGUUUUAUGAAACACUGGAAAAGGAACAUAGAACUGUCGAUACAUUUUUAAAAUUAUUAAAUGAAGAAAAAGAAUGUAAAAAUCACCCUGAAGUAGGAGAGGGAAAAAAAACUUUUAUUGACUUUAAUGAUAAUAUCGAAACAUUUUCUCAUACAAAAAUUUGCGAACCUUGCCCUUGGUGUGGAGUGAAACCGGGCGGUCCACCAUGGAAAGAUAACGACAUUGAUUCAUGCGGGAAAAAAGAAAUAUCGUUUAGCGAUAAAGAUACUACUGAUAUAUCAAUACUUUCCACUGAUAGAGCAAAAAAAAAUAUUUUACAAAAAUUAGAAAAUUUUUGCAGAGAUACUGAGCAUAUUAAUCAUGAUAUUUGGAAAUGUCAUUAUGAGAAUACUGAUAAUGAUAAUUGCAUACUACAAAAUGAGAACACGGGCUCAGAAAAACAAAAAAUUAUGCCCUUUGAUGCAUUUUUUUUCCUUUGGCUAACACAAAUGUUAGAUGAUUCUAUAGAAUGGAGAAAAAAACUUAAAACCUGUAUAAAUAAUGAAAAACCAACUAAUUGUAUACGGGGUUGUAAAAAGCCCUGCGAAUGUUUUGAAAGAUGGGUUGAACAAAAAGAAGAAGAAUGGAUUUCAAUUGAAAAACAUUUUGACAAACAAAGAGAUAUAUCAGAAGAAGAACGUUAUAUAACACUUGAAUAUAUUUUGAAUGAAUUUUUUAUGGAUAAAAUUGAAAAAGCUUAUGGAAUAGAAAAAUCAAAAGAAUUAAAGGAGAAAUUAAAAUCAAAUAAAGGUCACGGAAUUAUAAGAGAUACAGAACAUUCACAGGAUGCAAUAAAAAUAUUGCUAGAACAUGAAUUAGAAGAUGCAAAAAAAUGCACAGAAACCCAUAAUGAUGAAAAAUGUAAAGAACAAGAAGAGAGCGGAGGUCGCUCUUUAAACCCGGAUCCAGAAUCCGACGACGAAGAAGAAACGGAUAAUGUAAAAGAGAACCCGUGUGCUGUAGGGAAAAAACUCACUAAAACUGUGAAACAAAUCGCUAGACAGAUGCAUCAAGCGGCAAAGAAACAAUUGGGUAGUAGUAGUAGUAGGGCAUUGAAGGCUCAUGCACAUCUAGGAACAUAUAAACAUACCAAUAAACGCGAUGAUUUCAAAACAAUAUGUAAAAUAACGAAGGAUCAUUCCAAUGCUACCCAUAACUAUCCGCAAGGACCAUGUCAUGGAAAAAAUAACGAUAAAUCUAUGUUUAAGACAGAAGAAGGUUGGAAACCUGGGAACCAGAUAAAUAUGAACGACGAAUACGCCUUUAUGCCUCCUCGACGUCAACAUUUUUGUACAUCGAAUUUAGAAUAUUUAGAAACGGCUGACAGAACACUUAAUGGUAUUGGUGACGAUCCUAAUGUUCUUAAUCAUUCCUUUUUAGGUGAUGUUCUGCUCGCAGCAAAGUUUGAGGCAGAUUUCAUAAAAGAGAAGUAUAAUGAGCAAUCUAACUAUAAGGACUUUUCAACUAUAUGUAGAGCAAUGAAAUAUAGUUUUGCGGACCUUGGAGAUAUAAUUAAAGGAACAGAUUUAUGGGAUAAGAAUGGUGGCGAACAAAAAACACAAGGAAAGUUGGAAAAAAUAUUCUGUAAAAUUAAAAACAAACUUCCUGAAGAUAUCCAAGAAAAAUAUAUCAAUGAUGACAAAAAUUCACCCCAAUAUAAAAAAUUACGAGAAGAUUGGUGGGAGGCAAACAGAAAAGAAGUUUGGAGAGCUAUGACGUGUGCAACAACCAGUGGAAAAAUCCCAUGCAGUAUUGUCACACCACUUGAUGAUUACAUUCCUCAAAGAUUACGUUGGAUGACUGAAUGGUCCGAAUGGUUUUGCAAAGAGCAGUCGAAACUGUAUGGAGAGUUGGUGAAGGAUUGUGCAAGUUGUAAGAAAAAGGGUAAAGAAAAAUGUACACAAGGCGAUAAUGACUGUACACCGUGUGAUAAAAAAUGUAAAGAAUAUGGAAAAAAAAUAAGAACAUGGAAAGAUCAAUGGACAAAAAUGGAUGGAAUAUACCAAAUGUUAUACCUACAAGCACAAACUACUGCUCGUAAUGCUGGUGAUACUGCUUUUGAUAAUCCCAACGAUCAAUAUGUGAUUGAUUUCUUCAAAAAAUUACAAAAAGCAAAUGGUGAUAACAAUUUUGGUGUCAACACCUCCCCGUACUUCACCCCAGCAGGGUACAUCCACCAGGAGGCACGUGUAGGUGAAUGCGAAGUACAAAAACAUUUUUGUAAUAAUAACGGCAACCAGGAUAAAUAUUCCUUUCGUAAUCAACCAUAUGACCACGAAGAAGCAUGUGCUUGUAAAAAGAAUACUAAAGCACCAGAAAAGAAGAAAGAAGAAACACCACCAGCGGGACCAAACGUUUGCGAAAUAGUGGACAAACUAUUUGAGGACACCACUACACCUCACGCAGCUUGCCAACAAAAGUAUAUAAAUGGCCACGAAAAAUUCCCCAAUUGGAAAUGUGUCACACCAAGUGGUGAAAAAAGUGGUGAUAAGGGUGCCAUAUGUGUGCCACCCAGGAGGCGACGACUAUACAUACACGAUUUACAAUCACUAGACGAGAAGCCGAGCGAUACCGCGCUACGUGAUUGGUUUGUGAAAAGUGCCGCGGUUGAGACGUUUUUCCUAUGGCAUAGAUACAAAAAACAAAAGGAAAAGAAACCACAGGAAGGGUCACUACUUUCCGGGUCAACACUACUUAGCCAGUUCAGCAUAGACCUCGGUGAUGAGGAACAGCCCCCCGAAAAACAAUUGGCUGGUGGCAAAAUACCUGAUGAUUUCUUGCGCCAAAUGUUCUACACAUUGGGAGACUAUAGAGAUAUAUGCAUAGGUGAUGAAAACGUGAUUAAGACGUUAAAAUAUAGUGGUGAUAAAGACGACAUUAUGGAGAAAAUACAAGAGAAAAUAAAGGCUGUUUUUCCAACUAGUGGCGGCACAUCUCACAUACCUGAUGUCAAACCUGGUGGCGCCCUAUCGCGCGGCGACUGGUGGGAACAACAUGGUAAAGAUAUAUGGCAUGGAAUGAUUUGCGCUUUAACCUAUAAAGAGACAAGUGGUAGUGGCGAAAAGGGUGAAAAAACAACUAUUACCCAGGAUGGUACUCUGAAAGAUGCACUUUUGGAUACCGACGGCAAAAAGCCAAAACGUGACUACCAAUACACAAGUGUCACACUUAAAGAAGAUGAUAGUGGAGAAAAAGCCGCCAAUGUCCCGGCCAAAGUGGAACCCACUACACUGGCCGACUUCACGCGCCGCCCAGCGUACUUCCGCUGGCUGGAAGAGUGGGGCGACGGCUUCUGUCGAGAGAGGAAAAAACGAUUGGCACAAAUUAAAAAAGAUUGCUACGAAGACGGUGGAACAGGUGAAAAACAAUACAGCGGUUAUGGGGAAGCGUGUGAUCGAACAAAUACAUCAAAUGAAGGAGCUUCUGCUGAUUUAGAAGGUCCAAGUUGUGCAAAUUCUUGUAGUUCUUAUAGAAAAUGGAUAGAAAGAAAAAAAUACGAAUUUAAAAAACAAGAAAAGGCAUAUGGUGGACAAAAACAAAACUGCAAAAAGGAACGUAAAGCUGCUGAAAGUAAUGAUAAUGAUAAACAAUUUUGCGGAACACCAGAAACAACAUGCAAUACAGCUGAAGCAUUUUUACAAAAUUUAGGAUCAUGUAAAAAGUAUAAUGGAGAGGGUAAAAAAAUUUUUGAGAAUACAGAGGAAACAUUUAAACCUGCAAUCGAUUGCGAACCAUGUUCUGAAUUUAAAGUUAAAUUAGAAAAGUGUAAUUGCGGGAGUGAUGCUAAAGGAAAUACUUGCACAACAGGAAAGAUUACGGCAGAAAAUUUUGAAAAUAAGACAGAUGUUAAUGAAGUUGUUAUGCGUGUUAGUGAUAACGCUGAAAGUGGUUUUAAAGGUGAUUUAAAGAGUUCUUGUGAAAACGCACAUAUUUUUGAAGGUAUUAAAGAAAAUAAAUGGAAAUGUCGUAAUGUAUGUGGUUAUAUUGUAUGUAAACUGGAAGAAGUCAAUGGGGAAAAAGAUAAUGGUAAAAAAAUUUUAUUAAUUAGAGCAUUGGUUACACAUUGGGUAGAUAAUUUUUUACAAGAUUAUAAUAAAAUUAAAAAAAAAUUAAACACAUGUAUGAAUAGUAGUGAUGCAACCCCAUGUAUAAAGGGAUGCGUAGAUAAAUGGAUAAAGCUGAAAAAGGAUGAAUGGGAAGAAAUAAAAAAACCUUACCUUGAACAAUAUAAAAAUGGCUAUGGAGAAAAUUACAAUGUGAAAACUAUUUUGGAGAAAUUUCAAGAUCAACCUGAAUUUAAAAAAGCUAUAGGACCUUGUCCAACUUUAGAUGCUUUCGAGAAGUCAAAACAAUGUAAUGCAACUGCGAGCUCAGAAAAGGGUAAAGAUGGUAACAAAAGUUAUGUUAUAGAUUGUUUGCUUCAAGAGCUUGAAAAGCUUCAAGAAAAAGCAAAAAAGUGUCAUGACCAACAUAGCGACAAUCCACAAGAAAAAUGUGAUGAUCCCCACCCUGACGAACCCGAUGAGGAGGACUUACUCCUUGAAGAAGAAGAAAAUACGGCAAAUAGUGCGCCAGAAAUUUGUAAAGAUGUGAUAAAAGCACCACCAAAACAAGAGGAAAAAGGCGGUUGUGAACCAGCAUCCCCUCUUGAACCCGAAGAAGUGGAAGAAGAAACAGCUAGUGUCCCACCUGGAUCAGAACCUGAAGCUGAUAAAGGCCCAGUCAAACCCGCAGAACUACCAAAACCACCAAAACGAAACAAAAGGCAACCGAAAAAACUAUAUUUCCCAACUCCCGCACUACAAAAUGCGAUGUUAUCCAAUACCAUUAUGUGGACUAUUGGAAUUGGUUUUGCUGCAAUCAGUUACUUUUUUCUAAAGAAAAAAACCAAAUCUACUAUUGAUCUUUUGCGUGUCAUUAAUAUCCCCAAAGGAGAUUAUGGAAUACCUACAAUGAAAUCAAAAAAUCGAUACGUCCCUUACAAAAGUGGUCAAUAUAAUGGCAAAAAAUAUAUUUAUAUGGAGGGGGAUGAAUCGGAUGACUACACAUAUAUUGGAGAUAUAUCAUCAUCUGAUAUUACUUCGUCAGAAAGCGAGUAUGAAGAUAUUGAUAUAAAUAAUAUAUAUCCAUAUAAAUCACCCAAAUACAAAACUUUGAUUGACGUGGUACUAGAACCAUCAAAAAGAGAUACGUUUAAUACACAAAGUGAUAUACCAAGUGACACAUCUACGAAUAAAUUUACAGAUAAUGAAUGGAAUCAACUGAAACAGGAUUUUAUUUCAAAUAUUUCACAAAAUUCUCAAAUGGAUUUACCCAAAAAUAAUAUAAGUGGGAAUAUUCAAAUGGAUACCCAUCCUCAUGUUAAUAUUUUAGACGAUAGUAUGCAAGAAAAACCUUUUAUUACAUCUAUUCAUGAUAGAGAUUUACAUAAUGGUGAAGAAGUUACCUAUAAUAUUAAUUUGGAUGAUCACAAAAAUAUGAAUUUUUCAACUAAUCAUGAUAAUAUACCACCAAAAAAUGAUCAAAAUGAUUUAUAUACUGGUAUAGAUUUGAUUAAUGAUUCGAUAAGUGGUAACCAUAAUGUUAAUAUUUAUGAUGAAUUGUUAAAAAGAAAAGAAAACGAAUUAUUUGGAACAAAUCAUACAAAACAUACAACAACAAAUAUUGUUGCCAAACAAACACAUAAUGACCCUAUAGUCAAUCAAAUAAAUUUGUUCCAUAAAUGGUUAGAUAGACAUAGAAAUAUGUGCGAACAGUGGGAUAAAAAUAAAAAGGAGGAAUUGUUAGAUAAAUUGAAUGAAGAAUGGAAUAAAGAAAAUAAAAAUAAUAGUAAUGUCACAGACACAAAUGGUGAAAAUAAUAUUACAAGGGUGUUGAAUAGUGAUGUUUCUAUCCAAAUAGAUAUGAAUUCUAAACCUAUUUAA